AUGGGCAGGAAGCGCGCGAGCACGAGCACGAGCACGAGCCGCGAAGCUGCAGAAGAGCCCGAGAUGGCCGUGGCAUCUACCAAUGCCGUCGAUGGGCAGGUGCAAUCACAGAGUGCGUCGAUUCUCGCUGAGAGCUUUGCUACGAGCGCGGCGUUCUUCGGGAAGAAGGUCUCGUACGCGCCAACGGGAGAGACGCCAGCAGAAGGGGCAACGACUGGCAAGUCGAUAGAGAGGAAAGGAGACACGAAGGGUACAUAUGAGUCAGGAAAGGGGAAGACGAUGAAGGAGGAAAGGAAGAAGGAGGGGACGAUGAAGGGGGAGGAAGUGAAGGACGCCGACAAGAAGAAGGAGAAGAAGAAGCGGAAGAAGGAGAAGAAGCGGAAGGUACAGGAGGUGGAGGAGAAGGAUGCGCUGCAGACGAAGAAAGAGAGAGAGAGUGGAGGUGUUGACACUCAAGAUAGGAACAACGGAGAGGACAAGGUGGAAGCAACAGGUGAGAAGGCGACGUCGGAGGAGGGAGACAGAGAGACAGAGGAGGAGCAGAAAGGGAAAAAGGUUGACGACGAAAAAGCGCGUCGUACGGUAUUUGUCGGCAAUGUGUCGCUAGAGGCAGCGCCGAAAGCAAUCAAAAAGCACUUCUCCGCGUGUGGCGAAGUGGAGUCUGUGCGACUUCGAUACCUGCCGGUCGCUGGUUGUGCAGUCGACCAGGCUGGGAAUCAGAAACUCAUGAUGAAGGUCUGCGCGAUCAAGAAGAUUCUCACCAAGGCCAAAGAUACGUGCAACGCCUAUGUGACGUUUGUAGAGGAGGGCAGUGUAGAGGCUGCACUCAAGCUCAACGGAACGACUUUUGCCCAGAAGCAGAUCCGAGUGGACAGGUCCGAGGUCGCAUACGAUGCGCGUCGUAGUGUUUUCGUUGGCAACGUCCCUUUCAAGUGCACCGACGAGCAAAUGCUGCAGUUCUUCUUGAGACGCCUCCGAACGAAAGAGGAGCCGGCACCGAUUGAGAAUGUGCGUCUCGUUCGUGACCGCGAGUCCGGCUUCGGCAAAGGCUUUGGCUACCUGCUGCUGAAGAACCAAGCUCUAGUAGCCAAGACGCUGACGCUGCGUGACCUCAAGAUGGAGAGGUGUGAGCUGCGCGUGCAGGUGUGUGGCAAGCGGUUCAAGAACAUGCGUGGGGAGGAAACGGUAAAGCAAAAGUACGAAGGGCUUCGCUCGUCCGCUAGUGCACGGGCACGUAUCCAACUGAAGCGCAAGGCAAAUGCUGGGGACCAUGACCGAGGGUUGUUGACCAAAAAAGUGAAGCGCGCGGCGGAAGCAGCAGGACUGGGAAAGAAGCUGAAGCCCAAGCACGCAGCACGAAAGGCAGCAAAAGCAGCCGCUGAAGCGGCUGCUGCUGCUGCGGACAGGGACUCGACGAAAAAGCGAAAGCACGACCGCAAUGACCGCAAUGACCGCAAGGCAGAGCCCAACGCCAAGAAGCCGAAGCAUGCUGCGCGCAAAGCCAAGUUAGCCGCAGCUGCGAAACAGUAG